CAAUUCUCCUCUGCCAGAGCUCCAUGAGCUCGUUCAGAAAACCGGAAAAAUUAGUUCUCUCUCGCUCCGCUCUCUCCUCCAUCUUCCAGCCGGAUGGAGACGACGACGAAGCUGCUGCCGCCGCCGCCGGCGAAGUUUCAACUGCUUCCUACAUUUACUUCUUCACUCUAUUCCAAGUCGGUUAACCAAUCGCCGGAAUUGGAUCUCCAGCAGACGCCGAGUUCUCGCAAGGAUGCUCGGCGGAGGAUCCGAAACCUGUCGUUGAUUAAGAGGAAAGCGGCGCCGUCCGGACGGAGGAGCCGGCCGCAGACUCCGCUUCUGAAGUGGAAGGUCGAGGAGAGAAGCGAUGGAGGUGACGAUCGAGCUGAAGACGAGGACGAGAAGAAGUCGGUGUCGGAGAACGGGAAAGAUCUCCGGAGGAUUAGUAGGGAAAGAGAUGUGAUCGUAUCGGCGAGGAAGCUCGCUGCUGGUUUUUGGCGUUUUCAGAAGCCGGAGGUGAGCGCAGAUGGAGGGAGGAGAAAUUUGAUACGAACGCAGGAGCAGCAGCCGGGGUUUCAGUCUGUUGCUGGCCAUGUUCGACUUCCAAUUCUCCGCCAUCAUAAUAACAACAUAUUUAGUAACGAAACAAGGGAUCUGUUACAGGGCCAACCCUCAACCUCUGGUGUGAGAAAUGGCCUUUUGUGCAAGCUUGAGCCUUUCUUUCAAUUCUCCAACUCAGUUAUGGAGGGGGCAACUAAGUGGGAUCCUAUUGGCUCGAAAAUUGCAGAUGAAAGGGGCAAUAUUUACAACCAAACAGAGCUUCUUGACCGACAAAUGAGCCUGGUUUCGGUUGUAACAGCCCUUGAAGCUGAACUAAAGCAGGCACGAGUGCGCAUUUUGGAGCUUGAAACUGAACGUCAUGCAUCGAAAAAGAAGCUUGAGAACUUCUUGAGAAAGGUUGAUGAAGAAAAGACUGUAUGGCGUAUGCGGGAACAUGAGAAGAUCCGUGUGUUUAUUGAGAGCAUGAGAACUGAGUUGAACCACGAAAGGAAGAAUCGACGAAGAGCAGAACAUUUCAGUUCAAAACUGGUUCAUGAGCUGACUGAUGCCAAGUCCUUGGUGAAGCGGCUGAUGCAGGACUAUGAAGAAGAAAGAAAGGAAAGAGAAUUGAUUGAACAAGUGUGUGAAGAACUUGCUAAAGAAAUCGGAGACGAUAAGGCAGAAAUGGAGGCGUCGAAGAGAGAAUCUGCCAAACUUAGAGAGGAAGUAGAAGAAGAGAGAAAGAUGCUGCAGUUGGCAGAAGUCUGGCGCGAAGAACGCGUUCAAAUGAAGCUGGUAGAUGCCAAGGUGGCUGUAGAAGAGAAGUACUCUCAGAUGAACAAACUUGCUGCAGAUCUUCAAAAUUUCCUAAAGUCAAGGGGAGCAAUCUCAGACAUUAAGGAGAUGAGAGAAGCAGUACUACUUGGAAACGCUGCUUCUUCUGUGAGCAUUCAAGACAUUAGGCAGUUUACAUACCAACCUUCUAAGCCAGAUGAUAUUUUCUCCAUAUUUGAAGAAGUUAAUUUUGAUGAAAACCAUGAGAGGGAGGUUAAGCCAUACGGCUCUGAUAGUCCAGCAACUGAGACCUCCAAAGUUGGAUCGACAAGCCCUGACGUAAACGUCGAUGCAGCUAAACGGGGGGACGGCGCUCUGAUAUGCUCACAUGCACUAAUUGAUCAGAAUGGUGACAUAGACGACGAGAGUGGAUGGGAAACAGUGAGCCAAGUCGAGGAUCAGGACUCGAGUUAUUCACCGGAAGGGAGCAUGACGAAACCACCUGCUAAUAAGAAUUGCAAAAAGAGUAGCAGCACCUCAGGCACAGAGAGUAGAACAGACUGGGAAGCAUAUGGAGGUGGUGAGACAACAAUCAACAUCAGCGAAGUCUAUUCAGAACUUGUAAAGAAAUCAAAGAAAGUGUCAAGUUUAACAAAGAGGCUGUGGAAAUCUGGCCAUAACAAUGGUGGAGACAGCAACAAGAUGAUGGUACCAGUAAAGGAAUGUAAUGGGAGAGCAUCAUCUCCAGAAGAGGGGGAAUCAGUAAAUGGUGGGUCUAGUCCAGAUUUUAUGGGGCAGUGGAAUUCCUUCGAUUUAGGGGAGGCUCAAAUAGCUCGACAGAGGAAAGGCCAGAUUAGUGUGAAGGAAAGUCAGAAGCUACAGUUGCGGCAUGUCCUUAAACAGAAGAUAUAGAGAGGCCUUCUGAGAUUUGUUUUAUGGCAUGUUGUCCGACAAUCAAGCUGUGCUGAUGAUUUUGCUUUAUUGGAUGUCCAUGGCGUUGCAACUUGAGAGCAAGGCUGGACUAUUUUCCGCGGCUGUAAAGGUCGUUUUUCGUCGAGCAGGAGGCAUGGCAAUGCUAUUUCUACCGUACUGUAUGAUUCAAACUAAUGAGGCUUCAUAAAAGAAUGUAAUUUCUGCCUCUAUUUUCUCCAGAUGUAUCGGCAUUCAAAGUCAAGACAUCAAUAUUCGACUUAUCAAUCGAUUAAUAAUCUUCGAAA